AUGACUGUUGAUGAUAAUGUGUGUCUGUGCCAGUCCUCUCCCUACAGUCCUAUGAUAAUAAUGUGUCCUCUCUCCUCAGUCCUCUCUCCCUACAGUUUCAGCGUAGGGGACACUUCCUGUCUGCAGCCCUAUGCACACGGAGGCUUCUUCCUGCUGGUCAAAACCCCCAGAACGUACAGCUUCGAGACGAUGGAACAGCAGCUGUCUGAGCCUCAGGUCCUGACUCCCGACUUCAGCAAACCAGAGGCCCCGCUGCAGAUCCACGCCGCCAUGCUGGCUCUUGAUGCCUUCCAGGAGCAACACAACAGACUGCCCAAUAUUGGGUGCUGUCAGGAUGCGGAGGUUCUGGUCAAACUAACAGAGGACGUCAACCACACCUUGACAAACGGGGCUCCAGUGAAUAGUGAGUUGGUGCGUUGUCUCUCUAGAACAGCGCGGGGUUCUCUCCCACCAUUGGCUGCGGCGGUGGGGGGCAUUGCCAGUCAGGAGGUCCUCAAGGCCCUCACGGGGAAGUUUGCCCCACUACAGCAAUGG